UUUAAAUCCAUACUUUGAACUGCGAGUCAAAUAUUACAAAGGUAAAAAAAUCAAGCUUUUACAAAGCAUUAAAGACAUAAAAAAAAUCUACCUGUCUUUCAUCAUCAUUACCAUCCUGACAUCGUCCUUGAGGAACUUUCUCUUUGCAGUCCACAUUGUCCCUGCAGUCAACAUUCAGGAGCCGCGAAGACCAACCAACCCCUUCCAAGUCAGCAUCCACUUGACCCAGAAGACCAGCUGCUUCACCCAGCAGCCCCCUAUCAGCAUGACCUCGCCCAUGGUUGUGAAACAUGGCUCGACCCACAAGACCUGCGCGUUACUCAGCAUCUCGGAUAACGUGCUUCAGCCUGCCCCUCCUGGUCUGGCGCCCCCAGAUGGCCAAGCGUCUCCAUCGCCAGCCGCCCAGAUAACCGCUGAGUCCCCCGCACAGCCGCCUUUGUUCCACACAAAGAGCUUGAACGACGUGGAGAUCUGCGACAGUUUCCUGCUGGGGAAGUGCCCCGAGGGGACGUCGUGUCCAAAGCAUCAUACGGCCUUGCCAUUCCACUGGCAGCUGUGGUGCCUCAAGACGCUGACCUGGGUGGAUGUGCAAUCGUCUGACCAAGUUCUCCUGGAGCGUAAAUACUGCAAAGUGGACCGGGACACUGUCUGCCUCCAUGACGGGAAAGGGCUCCACAAAGUGCAUUUCGACACCAUGAAGAUAUCCUGCUCGUCCACGUACAGCAGCGUCAGACGCCUGAGCAACUCGGAGAGUCACCCGUACUUCCCCGCCAAGUGGCGCAUCUACUGGAGGGACAUCUUACAUUGGAAGGAGUACACCCAGGACCAGUCUGACUUUCUCCUUAGGAAGAUUAACCAGAAGGAACCACACUGUUCUUUAAUCAUCGAUGCCAAGAAGUACAAGGUGGACUUAACCAACAUGACCCAAAUCAAUGUCAAGACCGGCUACCAGAGGGAUGUCCGCUGCGUAGCAGUUUACCGCUCGCCUGAGUCUAUGCACCCUUACUUGAAGACAGAGCCUGCCCAGCCUUUCCUUCAGCCCAACUUUAGUGUGGACCCUCUGGAGGACUUCACCUCCUGGUACCCUCCAGUGUGGUCUUUAGACUCAAAGCAGGACAUGAACCUGGUGAAUGUUCCGGCCUGUUCAAGGGCCUUCAAGACUGUCCAGAAAGUCUUCAAUGAGGGUCUGCAUGAGAGCAAGGUGGACAUUAUGAGGGGCCGUUAGGGACAUUAUUGUUAUGUACCGAGCAAAGGGAAGGAGGCGACACCAAGGCAGAACUGCGGUUUACUAGGUUUAUUGAAAACCUUGAUGAGUGCGUGGGGUGUGUAUGCUACCACAAGUGAAUGAGUGCAGACGAUGUGUAGAAUUAACAAUGUAAGUUUUACCAGGGGUUGUUGUCGGUGCGUGUUGUGUGAAUCUUUCGUCGAAUCCAAGGGGCUAGGCGAAGAGGUAGUCAGCAGGGAGGCAAGCAGUCUGGGGGGCUGGAGAGAGGCAACAAUGUCCAAGUCCAAGCAGAGGUCAAGGGUCAAGGAUCAAGGGAGGCAAGCAGAGAUCCAGGUGGAGGUUGUGAGGCAGGACACAAUCACAGGCAGCAGGGAAGACACUGUGGAAGACACAAGGGACAUCAAACACGGGAACGAGGAAGAGCACAAAGAAGGCGAACAAGGAAUGAGGGAGUGGUGCCAGACGUGAUGCUUACUGUGAAAGAUAGGCUACGUUCUGGCGAAGGUCUCUUGGGUUCGCUGGCUUUUAAGCUGCUCCCUCUCAUCAGGCACAGGUGUGUUGAUGCGCAAUUGCUUGCAGCCUUGUCGCUGGGUGGGCGUGCUGUGCCCAGUGUGAGCAGGGGCGUGUCUAAGUGUGCUGCCAGCAGAGGUCCCGGCAGCCCCAGCUGCCGAGGGAAAGCGGGUUCGAAUCCGGGCCGUGACAAUUAUUCAGAAUUACCUCUUACAUACACUACUGAAAUGCUCUCACAUAAACAACUGAAAUCUUUUUCUUUUAUACACACUACUGAAACACUCUUAUAAACACUACUGAAAUGCUCUUACAUACACUACUGCAGGGGUCACCAACCUUUUUGAAACCAAGGGCUACUUCUUGGGUACUGAUUAAUGCGAAGGGCUACCAGUUAGAUACACACUCAAAUAAAUUGCCAGAAGUAGCCAAUUUGCUCAAUUUACCUUUAACUCUGUUAUUAUUAAUAAUUAAUGAUAUUUAUCUUUGUGGAAACACUGAUCAUCUUAAUGAUUUCUCACAAUAAAUAUAUAUAGAAACAGAUAAAUAUCAAUAUGCAACACUUUAUUUUUAUAUUUUCUCUAAGUGCACAUUUUUCAAAUUGAACAUUUUCAAAUGAUCACUUCUAAGACAGUCUUGUGAAAUCACAAUAUCCCAUUUUAACUAGCUAGCCACUAACAUUUUUUAACAAAUCAUGAAUUACUUUGCACCAUGUUUGUACAAAUAAUAACUCACGUAAAAUACAAAAGUAAACUCUCAAAUUUUUAAAUCAUGUCACACUUUGAACUGGACACCAAAUCUGUUAUCUGUUUCUUUGUCAGUUAGUGGGAAGCCUGCCAUUGCAUGCUGUUAACUAGUGUGUUGUACUCUGGUGUGUAACUUGACACUGCAACUCUGAGUGAGUCUUGCAGAUGUGCAUUAGUGAGGCGUGUUCUGUGUUUGUUCUUGAUGAAGUUCAUGUCAGAAAAGGCUGAUUCACAAAGAUAAGAUUUUUCCUCAUUGUUUGCGGAACCUUCUUAAUCUUUUGGACAUAUUUUCACAGCAAUCUGGCCUUAAGCUUAAUUAUGAUAAAUGUAAAAUGUUAAGGAUCGGAAAUCUAAAGGGAACGUCCUUUCGAAUGGAAUGCAAAGUGCCUGUUUUGUGGACAGAUGGACCAGUUAACAUACUUGGUGUUGUUGUCCCAGAAAAUCUGGAAGAUCUAGGCUCAGUAAAUUAUGAUAAUCGACUAAGAAAGCUGGACAAAAUUAUGCAAUUAUGGAAAGGGAAAUCCCUAACCUUGUAUGGUAAAAUGUCUAUUGCCAACUCGUUAAUUAUUCCUCAAUUUAUUUGUUUGUUUUUGUCAUUACCAGCUCCAUCACAAAACUUUUUUAAGAUUUAUGAGCGGAGGGUCUUCGAUUUUGUCUGGAACGGCAAACCAGAAAAGAUUAAAAGAAAGGUUUUGUACAAAGAGUAUGAAUAUGGGGGCCUGCAACUUCUCAACCUUGAAGCUAUGUGUCUGUCUUUAAAAGCAUGAAUUGUUCCAAAGAUGUAUUUAAACAUUGAGUGGUACACAAAUGUCCUGUUGGACAAAAAACAUGUACUGUAUCAAAAGAAAUUGUAUCUUUUUUUACAAGUGAUCCCCUCCCAGAGAGUCUGCUGGGAAACAUGGCGGGGUUCAUAAAGGAAACAAUCCACUCAUAGUGGUGUUUUCAAUUUUAUGUGCCAGAAAAAAGAGACGAUAUUUUGCAGCAGUUAAUAUGGAUGAACUCUAAUAUUGUAAUAGAUGGAAAGCCUUUCUUUUGGAAAAAUAUGUUUGAAAGAGGAAUCAUUUUUGUCAAUGAUAUUAUCAAUGAGAAUGGUAAAAUUAUGAAGUAUGAUGAAUUUAGAGCUAUGUAUGGUGAUGCUUGCUCAAGCUUUUCAUUUGAUCAACUAACUGGAGUAAUUGGGAAAAGAUGGAAACAAAUAAUUAAUUAUGGAACUACUAAAUUAUUAGUUUGUAAACCUCUAAUAAGAAAUUCUAGUUGGCAAAAAGGAACUAAAAUGAAUAGAAAAAUAUAUGAUUUUUAUUUAAUAAAGAAAUCUUUGAAGGCUGCCUCAUACAACACAAAUGGAAAAUGGGAGGACUUUUUUGACUGCCCGUUGCCAUGGGAUGCCAUAUUCAAACUAAUCUAUAAAACCACUAUCGAUGUGCAAAAUCGUUAUUUUCAAAUUAAAAUUAUUUAUAACUUCCUACCCACAGGGAAAAUGUUAAAAUUAUGGAAUAUGACAGAGUCAGAUGAUUGCCGAUUUUGUUGUCAGGAGCCUGAAUCCACCCUGCAUUUGUUUUGGUAUUGUCAUAAUGUGUCUUUGUUUUGGGUGGAAGUUGAAAAAAUGUGUUUAAGGAUUGGUUUGUUUAUGAAGCUUAAUGUGGUUUCUGUUAUUUUAGGAGAGUUCAUUGACAAUCAUGAUUUAGUCAAUUUAAUUAUAGUACUCGGUAAAAUGUUUAUUUUUAAGGCCAAAAACAGAUAUUCACUUAGUAUUACUUUCUUUAAAGGCCUACUGAAAUGAAUUUUUUUUAUUUAAACGGGGAUAGCAGAUCUAUUCUAUGUGUCAUACUUGAUCAUUUCGCGAUAUUGCCAUAUUUUUGCUGAAAGGAUUUAGUAUAGAACAACGACGAUAAAGAUCGCAACUUUUGGUAUCUGAUAAAAAAAAGGCUUGCCCCUACCGGAAGUAGCGUGACAUAGUCAAUUGAACAUAUACGCUAAGUUCCCUAUUGUUUACAAUGAUGGCCGCAUGAAGUGAGAGAGAUUCGGACCGAGAAAGCGACAAUUUCCCCAUUAAUUUGAGCGAGGAUGAAAGAUUUGUGGAUGAGUAAAGUGCAAGUGAAGGACUAGUGGGGAGUUGAAGCUAUUCAGAUAGGGAAGAUGCUGUGAGAGCCGGGGGUGACCUGAUAUUCAGCUGGGAAUGACUACAACAGUAAAUAAACACAAGACAUAUAUAUACUCUAUUAGCCACAACACAACCAGGCUUAUAUUUAAUAUGCCACAAAUUAAUCCUGCAUAAAAACACCUACGUGUUUGUUAUGCUAGCUCCUAGCUCCUCUGCUAGCUCCUAGCUCCAUAGAACGCGCCAAUACAAUUCAAACACCUGAUCAACACACACAAUCACUCAGCCCAAAGGACCGUUCACCUAACCCAAUGUUCAUAAAGCUUAUAUAUUUUUAAAAAGUUACAUACGUGACGCGCACAUACGGUCAAGCUAUCAAAUGUUUAGCAGCCAAGGCUGCAUACUCACGGUACCUGGUAUUCAGCUGGGAAUGACUAAAACAGUAAAUAAACACAAGACAUAUAUUUACUCUAUUAGCCACAACAGAACCAGGCUUAUAUUUAAUAUGACACAAAUUAAUCCUGCAUAAAAACACCUACGUCUUUGUUAUGCUAACUCCUAGCUCCUAUGCUAGCUCCUAGCUCCAUAGAACACGCCAAUACAAUUCAAACACCUGAUCAACACACACAAUCACUCAGCCCAAAAGACCGUUCACCUAACCCAAGGUUCAUAAAGCUUAUAUAUUUUAAAAAAGUUACGUACAUACGCAAAAAAAAAGUUGCGCACAUACGGUCAAGCGAUCAAAUGUUUAGAAGCCAAAGCUGCAUACUCAUGGUAGCACGUCUGCGUCUUUGUCAUCCAAAUCAAAGUAAUCCUGGUAAGAGUCUGUGUUGUCCCAGUUCUCUACAGGCGUCUGUGUAUCGAAGUCAAAAGUCCUCCUGGUUAGAGUCUCUGUUAUCCGAGUUCUUCCAUCUUGACUGCAUCUUUCGGGAAUGUAAACAAAGACGCGCCGGCUGUGUACUGUUGUUGCUGACUUCCUUCGAAAAAUACGUCCGUUUCGCACCGACAACUUUCUUCUUUGCUUGCUCAGCUUCUUUCUCCAUAAUGCAAUGAACAUAAUUGCAACAGAUUCACGAACACAGAUGUCCAGAAUACUGUGGAAUUGUGAAAUGAAAACAGAGCUUUUUCGUAUUGGCUUCAAUGUGGAAGGCAUACCCGUGUUCCCCGGGCUACGUCACGCGCAUACGUCAUCCUCAGAGGCGUUUCGAACCGGAAGUUUAGCGGCAAAUUUAAAAUGUCACUUUAUAAGUUAACCCGGCCGUAUUGGCAUGUGUUAUAAUGUUAAGAUUUCAUCAUUGAUAUAUAAACUAUCAGACUGCGUGGUCGGUAGUAGUGGGUUUCAGUAGGCCUUUAAAACAUUUAUUCAGUAUUUUCUAACUUUAGAAAGUUACAUGGUUGAAAACGAUAAUGAUGCCAAAAAACAUUAUUAAAAAGAUGAGAAGUCCUCAAAGGCUUAUUUUGAAAGUAUAAUUAUGUUUAUAGAUUAUAUGAUAUCUGUUGUUGUGUUCCCUAAUUUGAGUGACCUGGACAUAAUCUGGACUGUACAUAAAUGCUUAUUUUGAAAAUGUAAUUUUGUUUAUAAAUUAUAUGCAAUCUGUUGUGUUCCCUAAUUUUUUUCUGUGUACAUGAAUGAAGGUGUGUGUUGCUGAGUCCGACUUGGACAUUAUCUGGACUGGGCCUGGUUUAAAAAAACCUUUAAAACAAAUCUAAUUUCAUUGACAACCUGGUCUGUUGAAGAUAAGGCCCUUUUUUAAAAAAUAAAAUAAAAUAAGAUGAAUAAAUAAACAUUUUCUUGGAUAAAAAAGAAAGUAAAAUAAUAUAAAAAUAAUUACAUAAAAAAUAGUAAUUAAAGAAAAUGUUAGUGGACCAGCAGCCUAUACAAUCAUGUGUGCUUCAGGGACUGUGUCCCUUGCAGAUGUGUUGUCUAUGUUGUGGGAACCAGAAUAUUGGUAGCAGAAAGAAACAACCCCUUUUGUGUGAGUGGGUGUGGAUGAGUGUGCAUAGGGGAGGUUGUUUGGGUUGAU